CUCUGCUCCCCAAUAUCCCAUGUGACGCUCCUCAGUAGUUCCCAGGCGGUCACAUCCAAGAGCCGGAGACUAUGGAUCAGAAGGUCGGGUUGUUCGUUCUUCUGGCAGCGGGCCUCCUCUGCCUCAGUUUGGCCCCUGUCUCUCGGGCCGAGGAGGACCUGAUUGAGGACGGUCUGGGUGACGACAUGGACGUGGAGGACGAGCUGGAUCUGGGUUUGGGCGGAGCUGAUGAUGAGGAGGAGGAGCUGGAGGGGGACAUGCAGGAUGAGGCUCCAUCUGAGCCUAAAACUCCUCCCACACCAAAGGUGACCUACAAGGCUCCAGAGCCGAUGGGGGAACACUUCAUUGCUGAGUCUUUCGACCGGGGGACACUGGACGGGUGGGUGCUGUCCAGCGCCAAGAAGGAAGAAGCAGAUGAAGACAUCGCAAAGUAUGAUGGUAAAUGGGCGGUGGAGGAGAUGAAGGACAGCAAGCUGCCCGGUGAUAAAGGUCUGGUCCUGAAGUCCCGAGCCAAACAUCACGCCAUCUCAGCCCAGCUGCUGCGACCUUUCACCUUCGACAACAAGCCCCUCAUCGUCCAGUACGAGGUGAACUUCCAGGCGGGAAUCGACUGCGGCGGCGCCUAUGUCAAGCUGCUGACUCAGACUCCGGACCUCGACCUGCACCAGUUUGUGGACAAGACUCCGUACACCAUCAUGUUUGGACCCGACAAGUGUGGAGAAGAUUACAAACUGCACUUCAUCUUCAGACACCAAAACCCCAAAACUGGAGAGUACGAAGAGAAACACGCCAAGAAACCUGACGCCGACCUGAGGACGUACUACACCGACAAGAAAACUCACCUCUACACACUAGUGGUGAACCCUGACAACACCUUCGAGGUGCUGGUGGAUCAGACGGUGGUGAACAGCGGCAGCCUGCUGACAGACAUGACCCCUCCUGUGAACCCCCCCGCUGAGAUUGAGGACCCUGACGACCAGAAACCAGAGGACUGGGACGAGAGGCCCAAGAUCCAGGACCCCACCGCCACCAAGCCUGAGGACUGGGAUGAAGACGCUCCCGCUCAGAUCGCAGAUGAAGAUGCAGUGAAACCAGACGGCUGGCUGGAAGACGAGCCGGAGUACAUCGGAGACCCCGACGCCGUCAAACCUGAAGACUGGGACGAGGACAUGGACGGCGAAUGGGAGGCUCCUCAGAUCCCUAACCCCGCCUGUGAGACCGCCCCCGGCUGCGGCGCCUGGAAACGACCAAUGAUCGACAACCCCAACUACAAGGGCAAGUGGAAGCCCCCCAUGAUUGACAACCCCAACUACCAGGGCGUGUGGAAGCCGAGGAAGAUCUCCAACCCGGCGUUCUUCGAGGACCUGCAGCCAUUCAGAAUGAGUCCGUUCAGCGCCGUGGGACUUGAGCUCUGGUCCAUGACCUCCGACAUCUUCUUCGACAACUUCUUCAUCACCAACGACCGCAACACUGCAGAACGCUGGGCUGCUGACGGCUGGGGGCUGAAGAAGGCUGCAGAGGGCGCCGCUGAGCCCGGUCUGGCAACUCAGAUGAUGAACGCAGCAGAGGAGCGUCCAUGGCUCUGGAUCGUCUACGUCCUCACUGUGGCUUUACCACUCGUCCUCAUCAUCGUAUUCUGCUGCACUGGCAAGAAGAAGAGCACACCGACACCGGCAGCAGAGUACAAGAAGACAGAUGAAGCUCAGCCCGACGUGAAGGAAGAGGAAGAGGAGGAGGAAGAGGAGGAGGAGAAGGCUGAAGAGGCAGAGAAGAGCAGUCCAGCUACAGAAGAGAAGAGUGACGAAGAGGAAAAUCCUGCAGAGAAAGAGGAAGAGGAGGAGGAAGCAGCAGCAGCGGAGGAGGAGGAGGAGGAAGAGAAGGAGGGGACAGCUGAAGAGAAGUCUGAGGACGACAUUCUGCGGAGAUCUCCCAGGAACAGGAGGGUCAGAAAGGACUGAUAUCUCUGAAUCCACAGCCCUGACCUCAAAACCUCCUCCCAUCUCCCCCUCCCCUAAAAUAUCUCCCCCAUCUCUCCUCCUCUUCUUCUUCUACUCCUUUGCUCCGAGGCUUUGAAGCCUAAAAUGGAACCCGUGGAAGCAGCGAAGCCGACAGGAACGUAAUCAAGACCUCCGAUAUGGACGCCUGCUCAUGAUGAUGAUGAUGAUGAUGAUUCCAGUAUGAACAGAACUGAGUUAGCGUGAUUUAAAGGAUUUUUUGUUUCUGAAAGAGAUUAACUGAGAUCAACUACAACUUCCUGCAUCAUUCCUUAACAACACCUGAGCAGACCCAAACCCACGGGACCGUCCCGUCUGCCGCACCGCCACCGCCACCCGCUCACCGCUCAGCACCACCCUGAGCUACCAAGCCCCGCCCUACCAGCAGCAUGCUAAAUUAGCUCUCAGCUCCUGACAGAUGCACCCACAAGUUAGCCCACAAUCAUGAAUAAACCAUCUUCCUGCUUGUGCUACUAAAAGCAUGCUAAUUAGCCCAGUGAUAGCUGAUUGGGCUACCAACCACGUCUUGCUAAUGAGCUCACCUACAGGCUGCUAAUUAGCUGCUAACAAGUCUCUUGACAGAUGGAAAUUUGGCUUUCAACACCCACUUGUUAGCCCAGAAACUGAGGUAGCCUACCAUGAUCCUGCUUUGGGUUGCUAACAGACUGCUAAUUAGCUUAAUAAUUAAGAUACAAACAGUUAGGAUUACUCUGCAGAUAGUCAGGGAAUUAACCCACCAAACAUCUUGUUAAAUAGCCCACCGACUUGUUGCUAUUUAGCCAACUAUCAGGCUGCUAAUAAAAUUGGAUAAUUCACCAACCACGAGCCUGCUAAUUAGCUCACUCUUAGGCUGCUGAUUAGGCUAACAGUAGUCACAGUUAUCCUACAGUCAGAAUUUACCAACCAAAAGUCUUGCCAAUUAGCCUACCAACAGUCUGCUAAUUAGCUCACAAUCAGGCUGCUAAUUGGGCUAACAGUAGUCCGAAUUAUCCAACGCACAGUCGGAGAAUUCACCAACCAGAAGCGUACUGUAAUCCCAAGUAAUUAGCGUCAACGUUAGUUGCUAACAAGCUCACAAAUAAUUUAAUCUACUUACCAACAAUUAGCUAAUUAGCUUGCUGAGAAGCUAAUUCGCCUACUAACAGUUGGCUCAUUAGCCUUCCCAGAUUUUAUAAAUUAGCUAGCGUCCUAAAUCCUAAAGUGAAAUUCACUAUGCUAAUAUUUAAAAAGGAAAAUGACACAUACUGUUUCUUUUUUUAAUGUCUUGUUUUCUUGUCAUUUGUUUUGUUUUGAAGCUGUUGGCUCCACACAUGGCGCUCAUGUUUCCUCAGUAUUUCUGCUGUGUGUUACUGUCCUGAUGGCGGCAGGGUGGAAGGUCAGAGGUCAAAUAUGUUGGAGAGAACGUGAUAGAGCUGGAUUUAACUGUACGGCCCUGUAUCCACCAAACUUUUAUUGUACCUGCUUGAAAACACUAAGCGCUCUUUGGGAAACGCCCAGCUGGGCGAGUCUGAGAGCGCUUUGGAGGCGUAGCGGGGUUUUUUUUUUUGUUUUUUUUUUUUCAGUGGAGAUAAUUUACUUUCGUCUGAUUGCUAUGACACGGAAUAUCUGCGGAAACCUGCUGGUCUGGAAGGUUCAUGAGAGGAAAUCUAUAUUAAUAUGUGACCUGUACAUUAUCAUAUUUGUCCCCCAUUAUUGAUGUUGUUCAGCUCUUGUAUGUGUACGAUGUGAUGGUUUGUAUUCAUGGUAUUUGUCACUUCUCCACUACCUAAAGUUCAACAACCAACUGAUGUCUCGUCACGGCGCUGGCGUUUGUAGCUCUGUGUAAAUACGUGGUGCUCCCAUUGCAAAGAAUUAAAAAAAAAAAAAAAAAUACGCUGGCCCCGGGAAAAAAAGCAUUGGUGGACACGGCCCCUAAAUGUCAGUUACAGAUGAGUGACAGGUGUGUGAUACCUGGCACUGAGGUGGAACUCGUCAGACCGGUUUUGGCAGCAGGUACUGACCACCCCUCGGCUUGUUAAAGACAUAUUAAAACCUCAUAUCUUCAGUUGUCGUUUUGGUGACGUUUAUGAAACAGGAUACUUUGGAGAUAGGAGGCCUUCACCCUCUUUAGUCCAUUAGCAUUAUAGAUUUUUCCCGUUCGAACAAACAUGACAGCAGCUCGUUUAGCUCUCUCUGUCUGAGGUAGGACUCUCAUGGAUUCAAGACAAGGAUCUGAGAUUGUUUUUUUUCCCCCAAAUCACAUCUCAGCUUCUGAAUGACAUUAUUUAAUAAGGAAACUCCCUGAACGUUCAGGUGUUUUCCUCUUUCUUUACCUUCUCUUGUUUCUGCUGGUACUGUUGCAUUUCAACAUUCAGGGGAUUGGAAUUAUUGGUAGUUACCUCUUUUUUUUUGUGCAUGGUGGUUUUGACUGCACCUGUGCAUUAACCUGGGUUGGAAGUGUACGCCUUCGUUCACAUCCAAACUCACUUCUUGUUGCUUUUGUAAAAAUAAAUCCUCAGAAACAGUUUGACGUCACAGAGCAGGAUGAAGCUCUUGUGUUAAAAGUUCCUUUGGUCAGAAAAUGAGCUGCUGUCGUCUUUUGUUUGGACUUUAAACUUGUCACGUCAGCAGGUGGACAGACACCCAGUCCCUCUUUCAUCGACCCCAUAUGAAAAGAAAAAGGCACUAAGGGAAAAACUCAGGCGCUUAACCCUCCCACCUGUCCACCUGAGGCACCACAACACCUCCGCCAAUCACAGACGCUCUCCUACAUGAAUCCGUGUCGGAGUUUAGCCCCAUGUUUAAAAAGAGAUGGCACUUGAGCGUCACAAAGUUCCAUCUUGACUUAAGGGAACGUUUGACAAAAUAACCUGAACUCAAGCUUCACUUAUUGCUUUUCUCCAGAGCUUUUAACUGCAUAUUGUGGUCUUCAUCAAGGGAUGGAGUUUGCCGAAAGAUCACUUGUGACAGAAGUUUCACACUCUGCGAACUUAAUCCCCUGAUGAAGCGCAAGAGAUGAAGUUGAAAGCUUGUAAGUGAAUCUUGAGUCAAGACAAAACUGAAACUCAAAGUUUAAAAUAUUUUCAACAUGUCAAACCCAUUUUUUAAUUCAUGGCUGUCCUUUAUUCUUCUAUAGUUACCUGUUAGCAUCUUUAAUUUGUUGUGCGUCAUUUAUGUGCAUACGACAUGUAAUGAAGUCAAUCAUGGACGUUUUUGAAGAGGAAAGAAUCCACCAGGUGUCGCCAAAAUCAAACCAGAGCUGAAAUCGUAAUUGAUUACAUCUGCUGCCUGCCGCCUGACGACCACCAAAACACGGGCAAAUGGCCUGAAAGUGUUCACAGAGUUACAGCAAAAUAUCUGUGUGUAGUUGGUGACCCCCUGACCUUCACUCUAACGCCACCAUCAGGACAGUUCCUCUCCACAAGUGGUAAAAACUCUCCAACGAAUUUUGUGAUCAUGAAAUAAUCUAUGAACUUGACAUGCAAAGAUCCUAAAUUAUGUUUUUUUACUCAUUCUGAAAUCAUUGAAGGAUUAUAAAUACAGAAGGUAGAUCAUGAACUGUUAAAGAGGCUUUACGACAGUGUGACUGAGUGAGCAUCAUUCUGUGGUGUCAGUGUACAGUUUAAAAAAAAAACCUGAAAUAAAACUGGUUUUGUGAAUCUUGACAA